AUGAACACUUGUUGCCUUGGUAACGCGGAAAAAAUAAACAAAUUAGCUAUGGAUUGGGCCGAGGAGCUAAAAAUGACCAUAAGAAAGACAACGGCCCGCAAGGGGCGCCGCUCCAAGAGUCGCGAUGUCUUGAAGGAGGAAUCUUCGCAGCCUGUUAAGGACAUAUCCAUAGAUAUCACUCUGAAUGUGCAGGCGCAGGGAAGUCCCACGACAACGGAGGCCACCUCGUCCACAUACAACAAUGAAUUCGAAUCACACCGGCCGCCCAUCCGACGCAUAUCUGGAGGUUGGGCGGAUGCUGGCUUCAAGGGUUUAAAAUCCAAGAAGAAUUCAUUCGAUGACGAGCGUUUUCAACAGACAAAAUCAGCAACAUCCGUUCCCACUGAUGAUAUACCUGUUAUUCCCGAUGUGGACGACUUCAAGGAUGAAAUCAUGCUCAACGAAAUAGUUGAACCGCCUACUGCCAGCUUAAAUCGUUUGGCGGUUCUCAAGGAGAUCAGCACGGACUUGCUUUCACAGCACGCUUUCAAUGCAGUUGAUAAUUUUAAUCUGUCCGUAUUGACCGACUGCCUGCUGCCCCAGGAGACCCUCAAUGAGGUAGAUGAGAUCUGGCAGUGGGACAAACUGUUUACCGAUGUGUCGGCAGAGAUCCAUUCUGAUAAGGCCCCCAAUAUUGGAGUGAAGAUCGGACCUGAUGUGGUGCCACCAGCUGCGCAGCAUGCUUGAGAACGAAUCAAAAGUACAAGAAUAGUGCAAUAAAUGCUUAAUUAUGCUUCAAUUAGUUACGUUAUACAUAUAAAUAUUUCAUUUGAUAAUUCAAUUGAUCACAAAAUAUAAUUUAGAGAGAAACUCAGAAAUACAGCACUCUAUAACCGAAAUGAA